GUGUUGACAAUGGCAACCAGAGAGGAUAACGGCAAAAAAGUGAUCCCUGCUCUCCGAAUAAGUCAGCUUGAUGCCCUUGAACUAAACAAAGCCUUGGAGCAGCUGGUUUGGUCCCAGUUUACUCGAUGCUUUCAUGGAUUUAAACCUGGACUCCUGGCUCGCUUUGAACCAGAGAUUAAGGCAUUUCUUUGGCUUUUUUUGUGGAGAUUCACCAUUUAUUCCAAGAACGCGACAGUGGGACAGGCUAUUCUGAACAUUCAGUACAAGAAUGACUUAUCCCAGAAGCAAAACUACCAGACGCUCAGCAAGCAGCAGAAGCUGUGGUAUCUUAUUUGCACGGUUGGUGGUAGGUGGCUGGAAGAAAGGUGUUAUGAUUUGUUUAGCAAUCGUCCAUUGGAGUCCUUCCGGAAGACCAAGUAUUUCAUUAAUUUAGCAGUUGGACUCCUCAAACUUUGUGAAUUACUGAACUUCCUGAUUUUUCUUCGGAAAGGGAAGUUCACUACCCUCACCGAGCGUAUUUUAGGAAUCCGGUCUGUGUUCUGUCAGCCUCAGAGUGUUCGUCAAAUUGGAUUUGAAUACAUGAACAGGGAACUGUUGUGGCAUGGGUUUGCGGACUUUCUCAUUUUUCUUUUGCCCCUUAUUAACAUGCAAAAACUCAAACUAAAACUUUCCUCUUGGUCUUUAGCUGUUGCAGGAAGUUCCAAUAAGGAAAGUUCUUUGGCUGCAGGUGGUAAGGAAUGCUGUCUGUGUGGAGAAUGGCCAACUAUGCCGCACACCAUUGGCUGUUCACAUGUUUUUUGUUACUACUGUCUUAAAAGUAACUACCUAUUUGAUAUGUAUUUUACAUGUCCUAAAUGUGGCGUAGAGGUGCAUGACCUGCAGCCGUUGAAAUACAAGGUAGAAAUGAAAGAGGUGUACACUCAGUAGCCUUUCUGAGGAUUCCCCCAAAUCCAUAAGCACACUUUGUGAAAUCUACUGAACCACUGUACAGUGAUAUUUAAA